CCCCGAGCACGUGAAAACCCAUGACGUUGAGCAGCUGUUGCGAAUUGCAGCUCACAAAUGACAAUUGGAACAAGACCAUGGACUCGUCAUCUCAGGGAUAAGAGGCAUGCGUUGUGAAGCACAGCAAUGAUGUUUGUUCCUACAGUCAGACGCUGUGCGCCUGGCUUCUGGAAGAAGACAAGCCAGGAGUUGGGCAGAGCAACGAAAUUUGCUCUCAAUCUCGAAGGCCUGCAUUUACCUCUUGCCCCGUACCCUAUCUUCGACUUUGCAGAUCCCGAAACGCUUACGACCCUGAAGACAAUGACCGACAAGUCCGUUGGCGGCUUCUCAACAGCGCAACUCACACAGAAACCUCGCGAUGUAUCUACAGAAAUCCCUUCUCCCGCACACAUCCUUUUCCACGGGAACAUCUCCACAAAGCUUCCCACAGAUCGACCAGACAUCCAAAGAACAGGCUAUGCGGCAUGGAGGAAUGAGGAUCGAGGGCGAACACUAUUUGGAGAGUUGUUUUGGAACGUCGAUACCUACAUGUACCUGGCACUGCGGGUCAAGAGUGACGGGAGGAAAUACUUUGUCAACAUACAGACGGACUCGAUCGUAGAGUCGGACAUACAUCAGCAUCGUUUGUACACAAAAUAUCACAAGGGUGCAGAAGGACCUGACGACCCCGGCCAGUGGGAGACCGUUUGGAUCAAACUCCACGAAUUUGUGCGAACGAAUCAUGGGAUUGUCACAGAGCCACAGUCAGAGAUGCUCAGACAAAAGGUGAAGAGCUUCGGGAUUGGAUUGAUUGACAGACAACCGGGACCGUUUGAACUUGGAAUUGCUGCAAUGUGGGCUACAAACCUCAACGAGAGAGGGCAGGUCGAUGGGCGGACGGGCUGGGAGGAGGGCGACCAGGGCAGUGCAAGAUUAAGCGAAGUGACACUAGAAAAGCUGGCACAGAAGGCCGAAGAGAAGAGGAACAUGCCAGAACAGAAGAAAAGCUUUCGCGAGAGAGUGCCACACUUUGGGAAAGUUGGUUCAGGGGACACCCAAGCGUUCAGAUAAAUCAAGACAGCAAAUGUAGCAAAAUGCACGGAAAAUGGAUCGUUGUGUUCGCAGUUGAAAUCCAUAAAUAUUGUAC